AUGCUCCUGUACGAGUGCGACGUGAGCGAGCAGACCGAGCGGUUCAUCCGCGCGCUCCACGCGUCUUUCCCGAGCGAGCGCAUGUCGCUCAGUGCGCUGUACCACCCGUGGCUCGCGACCGAGGCCGAGCUCGAAGGCGCGCCCCGGCCGCUCCCCGCGACUCCCCCCGCGCUUCGCACCGCGUCGCUCCAGUCGCUCCCCUCCGCCCCCUCCAUCGCGGACGGCGGGCCGGCGGCGACGCUCGAGCACACCCCUCCGCCCUCCGCCCCGCUGAUGGGACUGCCCGGGACGGCGUCGCUGCUCCGCAUGGACGGGGAGCAGGACGCAUGGAUGCGCUCCGCGGCGGGCUCGCGCAUGUCCCUCGACGCCCCGAGCCUCAUCCUCGCCGUGCACCCGUCGCCCGAGCGCGCGGCGGCCCCCGUGCGCGACGCCGACGCCGACGUGUUCAAGCACGGCCACGUGCUCUCGCGCCCGCGGUCCGCCGCAAGCGAGGGGACCCAGCGCGAGAGGCUUCAGCGGCGGUCGGAGGUGCUGUCGCGGGCGCGGCGGGCGGGCGAGGAGCUCCCGGCGCCUUCAUAG